UAUGUGGUUUGUGACAGUUUGUUGACUCCAUAGUCUCGGUUUUCUUCAUCGUGUCUGUUGGUCCAGAAUAAAGUAUGAAGUGUCCCAGUGUAACCUCAGUGGUCCUGCUGGCCUGCGGCUCUUUCAACCCCAUCACCAACAUGCACCUGAGGAUGUUUGAACUGGCUCGAGAUCAUCUGGAAGACACAGACGGCCCUCGGGUGAUGUUGCUGUGUGGGGCUGACUUCCUGGAGUCCUUUGGGGUCCCCAAUCUGUGGAAGGAGGAGGACAUCGAGGAGAUUGUGGGUGACUACGGUCUGGUCUGCAUCACUCGCACUGGCUACAACCCGUACAAGUUCAUCCACAAGUCGGACGUGCUGUGGAAGCAUCGCAGAAACAUCCACUUGGUCCACGAGCGUGUGACCAACGACAUCUCCGCCACUCACAUGCAUCGGGCGCUUCGUCGAGGUCAGAGCAGCGGGAACCUGUUGCCAGACGCCGUGGUGAGCUACAUUCAACAGAACAACCUCUACAGUGCAGAGAGCGAGCAGAAAAACGCUGAUGUGGUUCUUGAACCGCUUCAGAGAAACUCAGGGGACACCCGAGCUGAGGGAUUUACUGCUGCGGCUGCGAGAACAGAAGUGUGAGCUGUUUACA